UUGUUUUGGUUCGCAACAGAGCGUUUGAGAAUGUUUCAACAUCACUAAUACUUAUCUUUGAAACACAUCACUUCCAGUCAGGGUAGGAAGCAAGACCCGGUUAACGAUGUCGUCCGUCAAUCAACAAACACCCCGAAAUGUGCAUCAAGUCGUCAGGGAUAGCAAAAUGGACAUGACUGAUAUGGAGCAGACUUUAUCUAAGCUCCGUGCACUGUCAGAAGAUGAUAAGACAGAAGCUGGGAUGCUGAGAUCUCGCAUUGAUGAACAGUCACAACUUAUUAUGAUUCUCAAACAGCGGGCUGAUGAAGCUGUAAUUCGAACUCAAACUCUUGAUGCUAUAAAUAAAGAAUUGAUGGAAUUUCGAGACAAUGCCAAUGAGCAGUUGCAGCAUGAGAUACGGAAGUUCAAUAUAUUAGAUUCCAGGUUUAAUGACUUGGCUUCAAAUCAUGAAGAAAUGAUCAAGUACAAAGAUGAGUACAAGAGAGUCAAUCAAGAACUGAGAGCUGAAAACGCCAAAUUGAGAGAAGACAAUGCUAAACUGUUUUCUCAAGCGAUAGUGGAGCGAGAUCAAAAGAUACAUGAGCUGGAUAAGAAGUGUUCCGAGCUGAAGUCACAAUACAACAUCAUAGAACAGAGAUGCAGGCAAAUGCAGUUGGAAUUUAAGCAGAAAGAAGAAACCUACAAGUCCGAGAAUCUGAAUCUACAAGAUACACACCGCAGUGAGAUGUCUGCCCUACAACACAAACUGCAGGAUAUGGAGGAGAGGUUGAAAGGAGCUACACACAAGCUCCAAAUGCAGAUUGACAAUAAGCAGUCGGCCAGCUUUGAGGCCAGCAGUAAGAUCGCUCAGCUGACCCGAGAGAAGGAUGAACUCCUCGACCUUGCCAUGCAGAGAGGGAAGCUCGUCACGAAGGAGCAGACGGACAACAAGAUUCUGCAGAGGAAAGUGGAAGAGAUGGAGAAAGCUGUCCGAAAGAUGGAGGAGAAAUUUCAAUCUGAAGCAUCAUCGGUCAAUGCCAACCUCCAAGUGCGGAGGUUACGAGAUGACUUGUCAGAGGCCAACAUACGACAAAAGGAAGUGCUCAAGGAAUUUGAUGCUUUCAAGAAACACUCCAACAAUCUGCUGCAGAAAGAACGAGAGCUCAAUGAAAGAUUGAGACAUCUGGUUGGCUGAAGUUACGCUGUCAGUGAUUGGCCACUUCAGAAAAAGACUGAUUAUAUCUCAUUGGGUGAAUCUUCUGAGGUCAACAGUAUGAGUCUAGAACAAGAGCACUAAGGAUGUCAAUGCUACUCUCAGUAUUUAUUCAGAGAAAUUCUACCCUCAGCAUCAUCAGUUCCUGGGUAUUUGUGGUUCAUCAUGUUAAUAUGCUGUUAAUAAUUACCCUGAUUACAUAGAGACAAGAUCUGUGUAACAGAGGAUGGUAGCCAAAAUAUCUUGACAAGGCAUACUUAUUGCAACAGCUCCUUUAAGUCUGCUAAAUAGGAGAGUUUUGAUUAUCUUAGCAUUACCUGUAUGUGAAAUGUAGUUAGUUACUCCACAUACAGUAUUGAUCAUACAUGUUGUAUAAAUAUGACCCUCAUAGGUCUGUCAUUGGUACAACCAGAAAUUAUUGAGAAUUUAAAGAUUGUAAAUUUUUAUAAUUUUUCAUUCAUUACUCACAUAUUGAAUGUGAAUAUUAGCAGAACAUAACUCCAGAUUCAA